CUCCCGAUUUGCAUUCCAUGGAUCGUGGUUGGGCGCACGGCGGAAUUCCGGGAGCAUUCAAGAAGGUGUCAAUGCCUCAGUGGUCUGGGACUGGUUCUUUCACUUCAGUCUAAGUGUCGUCAUUCCAAAUUCCAUCCAUGCUAGUCGCCCAUGGCUGGUCCUCCGUCUUUCACGAAGCCGGCGAAACCCCUCCUACAGGUUGUAGGCUUUUGACAGGGUGGUACAAAUCCAUGCAGAGUCGAAGACACAAUGAGCUGCCCCCUCUUCUCCAAUACCCCGGACUGGUCGGGGUUCCUAUAUGAACCACGUUGAAUCCAUAGUUCGGCUCCAGACAGCCCAGGCGAUCGGUUGCUCUUUCCUGAAUACACGAACGAGUCCGCACGCCCUCCUGUCUCUGCAGCCGCCAAAUCUGCCCCAGUAGCAACAACUUCGUACUUAAUACCAUUGACACCGGCGAUCAAACCAGCUCUCGUUGAUUACCAACAUGCCACCGCAAUCCAAACCUAGUUUGCUGGAGGUAGUGUCAUCCGUAGCGCCUGUGACAGGGACGCGAGGUCAGUUUACCGUCACAAUCACCCGAGAUUGGUGCACUCAACAUUCUGUUUUGGGAGGAUUCUCCGCGGCGGUCAUGUUGUCCGCUGGUCGGAAAUUUCUCGAACAGGAGCUGGGCGAUGGUCUUUAUCCCGACCCCGUGCAUGCCUUUGUGCAGUUUCUCCGGGAAGUCCACCCGGGCGAGUGCACCAUUACCUGUGCCAUCUCACGGACCUCAUCUCGACGAUGCGUCGUCACGGUUGAGUUGAAACCAGCAGCAGCAGCAGCAGCAAUUAGACCACCAUUACCCAACCGACAAACAGAAUGCACCACCAUCGACAACCCCGUUGUCGACGCCACUCCGGUAACCCGCAAGAUGCAUUGGGUUGCACCCCGCUCCGCCAACGGACUCUGGGGCCAUCGUCUCGGGGGACACAAUCGCGAAGUAUGGCUCUCCUUCCGCGAUGGGACCAAAUUCUCCGACAUUCUACAUCUAGCAUACCUCUCGGACCUGCCCCUCCAUCCCGCAGCAACCCAUACCCCCGACUUCUACGCCAAGCACGCCAUCUCCACCCUGUGUCUGUCGAUCGAGUUCAAGAGACGGCCCGAUCCGGCCACGGAAUGGGUUCUGACCCGCUCCACCUCGUAUCAGAUCGCGCGCGGUCGCUACGAUGUGAGCCUGCAGAUCUAUGAUGAGUCCGGUGCGCUCCUUGCGUUGAGUCAACAUGUGGUUUUCGUCACGGAUCUGAAGCCCGUGUGGGUGGGGGGAAGGUUGUGA